AUGAACCACAAAUGCGAUAUGCAAAUGGUUAUACGUUUUUUUUUGUUUUUAAUUACUAUAAUACGGAAAAACGUCGAUUGCUUUCCAAGAAAUGCGCAUCCUAUAGAGCUAACCAUUGACUCUGGUUCAAUACGUGGAGAAUAUUUGAGAGAAGGUGCUAACGAUUUUGCUGUUUUCAAAGGUAUUCCUUACGCGGCACCACCGGUAGGAGCAUUGAGAUUUCAGCUGCCUGAACCGCCACCAAAUUGGCUUGGCGUCAUGAACGCAACGUCGUAUUCGGCGAUGUGCACUCAGAAACCUCGAAAUCGGAGAACCGAUCCAGUGUUCAAAGAAUUUAUUCACACCUCUGAAGAUUGUCUCUACCUCAACGUUUUUGGACCACCGCCGUUCACUAAUGAUACAUAUCCUGUAAUUGUCUGGAUCCAUGGAGGAAAUUUUCAGUCAGGAUCCAGUGCCGACUACUCCCAAGAAGCGAUUCUCAAUAAUUUUGUUUCCAGAAAGAUUAUAUUUAUCACUUUCAAUUACAGAUUAGGACCUCUCGGUAAGUAA